AUGGGCGUCGAUGAUCUCCAAAUUUUUCUGGAGAGCCCUAGUCUUGAUGGUGGAGCAGUUUCUGUUGAUCUGUUGAAAAUUGCUAGAAAUGUUACACAAAGACAACAACCACAUAAUGCCAACCGGAAAAUUAGACCUCUAGGAAAUAAGCUGAAACUCAUUGUUGAUGCUGAGAAUUGUUUGGAUAGACUUUAUGGAGGAUAUUUCUCAGAUUGGGCGUGCGGCGGCCAAUGGAACCGCAUGCUCCAGUUUCUCUCCCUCCUCACCGGCGCCAUCGACCGCGGCGGCAUCGAGUUGGCCGUGGUCUUCGACGGCACGAUCGAGCAGUGCAGGGCGGCCGAGUGGGCGGCCGGGCAGGCCGAGGUGCGCCACCGCGUCGGCGCCGUGCUCAAGCACGUGCAAGGAAAGGGGACGCCGCCGCCCAAGGUGUGGUGGACGCCGCCCGCGUGCCUACGCUCUGCGUUGCGGAUGGCGUUGAGGCAUUUGGGUGUCACUGUGAUGUGUACAAUGGAUGAUCAUCACCAAGAGGUGAUAGCUUAUUGCCGUGAAUAUGGCUUUCAUGGUCUACUUGCCGAUGAUGCAGAGUAUGCAGCUUUUGAUCCACCUCGUUAUUUUUCCUCCGAAAACCUGAAGCUCACAUACAAGGGGUCCAUUGAAACCAAGGAGUACAUGGUCAGUGAACUGACCAAGAGUUUACAAGUGACGCAGGAACAGCUCUGCAUCAUGGCUGCCCUACUCGGGAAUUUCCUUUUACCGGAAAACCACUUGCAAGAUCUGCAUAAGAGACUCGGCUUGACCAAGUCCAUGGCUGAUGAUGAAAGUUUGAACGCCGAGAACAACAUGAAGAAACUGGCGGAAUUCGUCCGGCCUUUGCCUUCGCCGUCCAACAUGGACGCCCUGGUGGCGGCCGUCUUCGGCUCGCCUGACGACCGGCGCGCCGACAAAUUCCGGCAGUCCGUCCAGUACUACCUGAACGGCACGGCCAGCGGGUUCCUGAAGUACUGCACGCCGCCUGCUAAAGCGAAACCAAAGAAGAACACCGCCACCCCACCACCCCAAAACGAGAAUUCCAACAAUAUCAACAGCAAAACUGAAGAUCAAGAUUUGGACACCUCAGGAUUUGCAUCAGAAACGACUGAACAAGAGCAAGAGAGUCUACAAAGCUAUAAACAAGCUACUGCACAUUCAAUUCUUAGCGAUUUUGAAGGAUUGGAAACCAGUUUACUGAAGAACAAUCAUGACGAUUCCUCCGUAUCGACCGAUUCGUCCAGAUUCAACGGCAUCUCGAACGGUUCGGUGUCUUCGGCGAAGAGUCUGCAGACGGCUUCCGGCAGUUCGGGCGCCAAGGUCGAUCUCUCGGUGGAGGGCAGCACUUCCGGCGAGAGUGUUCCGGUCCAUCAGAAGCCGUCCAAGUUCAACAGGAAUUCAACUAUCUCGACUGCUGUCACUCCCGCCGUCUCUCCCGACGUGCUGCGCACCGCCUCGCUGCGCCACCAGAAGGGCCUGAUGGCGCCCGUAAUCUUGCACGCGCUCAGCACGCAAGAGGUGCGCCUCGCCUGCCUCAUGGAGGACGAGGGCAGCAGAGAGUUCCCGCCCGCGCACGAGGUCUAUCGGCCGCUCAGGAGGCGGGUGUACGCCGUGCUGUUCAAUCUGCACCAUCUGAGAUACGUGCAUUCGAAGAAAAAAGAAUCCGGCGAGCUGCCCGACAGCGCCCCCCCGCCAGACGUCAUCGUCAAAGAGUGGACGUACAGUCGCUCCAACCCCUACCACCGACCGGAAGAGGUGCGGGCGGACCCGCUGCCCUGGGCGGUGCCCACCCUGCAACGUUUGUGGUUCGGCCCGUCGGUGGACGACAAGCGACGACGCAUGCGCGCCCUGCUGUCCUGCCUCAAUUCGGACACGCCGUUGAUAUUGAAUACGGCGUACGUGCCGCAGCACAUGCUCAUCAUGGCGUGCGUGUUGCGGUACAUUAUGUCGCAGGAUAGGGCGAUCAUGCGGCGGCAUGAGUUGGACGCGUUUUUGUGCCAUGCGUUCAAUCCGAAUCUGAUGAAUCCGCAGUAUUUGCAGGAUUUGACGCUGAACGUCGUCAACAGUCGCGGCGUCCAGCUGGCCGCCCUCUUCAUGCAGGGCGUCGACAUGGCCCUGUUGGCGAACGACGCAUGCGGCGCACCCCUUCCCUGGCUCAUGUGCUGCCCGUGGCUCUAUUUCGACGGCAAGCUGUUCCACUACACGCUCACGCGGUCCUCGCACGCCAAGAACAUCUUGGAGUUGUGCGAAAACUACAUCGAGAGGGUGGUGAAGGUCGAAAGGAUGCGGAAGGCUAUAUUGGAGGGGUUGGACGUGAAGUUCGCCAAGGUGCUGAUGCCUCCGUUCGUCGGCCCGAUGCUGCGACACGGCCCACCUCCGCCGCACUGCCUGCCCGCGAUGGGCAUGCCGCCCCACCGAGGGGGCGGGGGCGGAGUGGGCGGCCCGUCGUCGAUGCGCCCGCGGCCGAUCCCGUCGCGGGGCGGCCAGCUGCAGGUGGCGGGCGUCGUCGUCGGCUCGUGGGGGGCCAACUACGGCUACCAGGGUAACGCCCGCCCGCUGUUACCGGCCGGGUACAAUCCGAACAACGUGGGCGGCGGCGGAAGGGGUCGCAGCGGCUACUCCAACAGCUACGGCCGCGGCAGGGGGCAGAACAGGAAUAGGACUGGGGGCGGCGGCGGACCGCCUACCUUUUCCGUGAACAACAGGAGGAAUCAGCAGGCAAACAAAAAACGCAACACUAACAAAGCUAACAAGGGGCAAAAGCAACAGGGAGUUUCUCUAACCAUUAAAACUGAUACUGGAGACGUGCCAGUGAAUGAGGUCGUCAUAGCCGAGGACGGCUCGACCAGCGGCAGGGGCAGGAAGGAGGACCGCGGCAAGGGCAAGCGAGACAAAGGAAAGGAGGAUAGCAUUAAAGGGACGGAACAUAAGGGACAGGGGGCGGAGCAUAAGGGACAGGGGGCGGAGCAUAAGGGACAGGGGGCGGAGCAUAAGGGACAGGGCGACGCGCCGCCUCGCCCAGAUGCUGCCCGCGAGGUGGAAUGA